AUGCUGAAGGUGGCCUUAAGAAGUCGGACAAGUUUCAGGCAAUUUUUCAAUAAAAGUGGGGCUAAAACCGCGGUUUCUGAAAAAGAAACGGGAUUAUUUGAUUAUGCGGAACUAAAAACUCCAGAAAGUUUGCGUGAAUUGCCAAAUUGUGUCAGAGCGGCUGCGACAAGACUUAUGAAGGAACUUCUUGAAACUUCCCAACCUCCAAAUUCUCCAAGAAAAGCUUUAGAAAUUGUAGAUGAUUUGUCGAACGAAAUAUGCAAAGCAGCCGAUUUGGCAGAAUGUGUUCGUCAGCUACACCAUGAUCCGAAAUAUCGAGAUGCGGCUGAAGACGCUUCUCGAGAUUUCUGCGAAAUUGUUGAAAGCUUGAACACGCACACUGGAUUAUAUCAAAAAUUGAAAAACUCAGAAGUCACUGACGCAGCUCGUUUAGACGAAAUUGAUAAGCAAACCCUUACACUUUUGCUUGACGAUUUUGAGCAAAGUGGUGUGCAUUUGCCAGCAAAUCAACGUCGAGAAUUUGUUGAGCUUUCUUCUGAUAUUUUCGAAGCAGGUUCUCGAUUUCAAGCAGCUUGUGAUCGAAAUUCUCCAGUUAAAAAAAUCGAUCAGGCGAAAUAUAGUUUGCCUUCGCAAUUAUACUCACCAGUUUCGAAUUCAUUGGAUCGUUCAAAGCGGAGAAUUGUGUAUGACACAUUUUAUAAACACGACGAUGCUCAGGAAGCUAAUUUACGCAAUCUUAUUGCUUCUCGAGAUCAGCUCGCUCGGUUAACUGGUUUUGAGUCAUUUGCUCAUCGUGCUCAGCGCAAUUCUCUUCUUGGUGAUUAUGAAACCGCUCGAAGUUUUCUGUGGGGUGUUGUCGAGCAAUGUCAUGAAGCUUGUCAAAAAGAACUUGCAGUUCUUGUCGAUGUCGCUGCUCAAUGCCAUCAGCAAAAUGAAAAUGAAACGGUCGAAAACGCAAUGAAUACAAUGGUUGCAGAACACGAUUUGUCAUUCUUAAUGCAUCUGUACCGAGAAAGCGCGUACGAUAUUGGCAAGCAUACACGAGAAACAUCCUCAUUCUUUACGAUAUCAUCUAUCCUGAAUGGAUUUUCCUCUCUUACUGAACGUCUUUAUGGAGUUCGGCUGGAAGAAAGACCGAUUCGAAGUGGUGAAAUGUGGAAUGCAAAUUCCAUUAUUAAAUUUGAAGCGAUUGGAGAAAAUAAUAAUGACUUGGGCACGAUCUAUAUCGAUACAUCCGUUCGGCCGGAAAAAGCGAUUGGAGAUUGCCAUUAUACAAUUCGAUGUUCAAAAUUAUUGUCAAACGGUGAAUGGCAAUACCCGAUUCUGGUUCUCUCGCUGGGUCUUCAAGAUGAGUAUGCCAGUUCGUGGAGAACGGCAACAGUAAAACCACACGCUGCUGAAACGAUGUUCCACGAACUUGGGCACGCAAUGCAUAGCAUUUUAGGAAGGACAAAAUAUCAACAUGUUGCUGGCACGCGAUGUCCACAAGAUUUUUCAGAAAUUCCUUCAAAUCUAAUGGAAUACUUUUUCAAUGAUUUACGAGUAUUGCGAGAAGUUAUUCGUGAUCAGGAAAAUCCAUCGCGACAGCUAUCUGUGGAUGCAGCCGCCACCGUUCUCGCUUCUAGACAUUCAUUUACAGCUAUUGAAACAGUUCAGCAAGCGGCUUAUGGGCUUUAUGAUCUUGAAGUUCAUGGUCCAAUAUAUGCUCCAAAAAUUGCAUCUGGCAGCUUAACAACGACAGAACUUUUUCACACGAUUAUGACAAUAGCAAUGCCAGAUAUUCACCGAAAUCCUGAUUCUGCUUUUCAGCAUAGAUUCCAUCACUCAGUUCAAUACGGUGCAAAAUAUUACUCCUACUUAGUAGCCAGAGCUUCGGCCUCUCUUAUCUGGCAAAAACGAUUUCAAAAUGAACCAUUUUCUCGCAAAUGGGGAGAAUGUUGGGCUGAAGUGCAAUCGUACGGAGGAGGACUUCAUCCAUCUAUAUUACUUGAAAAGAUUUUGGGAUCCAAAUUGUCUUCUAUAGAUUUGACAACAGCAUUAUCAAAAGAAACGAGACUUUUGGCAAAUCUCGACGCCGUAACCGUUUGA